UCACCGCAUCUGCCGGUUCACCCACCUACCCUCCCUUCCAUCGGCACUUUCGCCGCUCCGUCGGCGGCUUCGCAAACCCCGCCCCGGUCACUCCUUCCUCUUCGUCGUUCCCUCCUUCACCCUCUCAUUCUUGUCUCUCCCGAUCUUCAUCGCUGUAAUCGUCCGGUCGCAAGAACACACACUUGCGGUUCGUGCCAACAGGGGCGAUUAGGAGGAGGUUUUAUUUUUGAUCGAUCGAUCGUGGUCGAUCUGAUGGACCCGGAAGUGCUUGAUGGCAUCAUCGGCCGGCUGCUGGAGGUGCGGACGGCGAGGCCCGGCACGCUGGUCCGACUCGCGGAGGCGGAGAUCCAGCAGCUCUGCACCGUCUCCCGCCAGAUCUUCCUCGGCCAGCCCAACCUCCUGGAGCUUGAAGCCCCCAUCAAGAUCUGCGUGCUGCAAUGACCAGAAUGUUAGGAAAUUGUUCGUCGAUGCCUGGCUGCUGUUUUAUGCAUGAUGAGGCACCCAUGGCUGAUCUCAACAUAGACGGGCCAUGGCUCUUUGGCCAAGGUAGCUGGUCUGAAGACUGGUUGCCAUCCUCAAAUGUGUUAGUUGUCGGUGCAAUUCCCACCCCCUGGCGCUUUGGAUUUCAUUGAAUAUUGGCGCAUAAGGUUUUGCAAGAUGACACCAACUCUAAUUGGCGAUGAUGAAUUGACAACUGGGAAAGAUGAUGUUAAUGUGUGACAUUCAUGGCCAGUAUAGUGAUCUCUUAAGGCUUUUUGAGUAUGGAGGUUUUCCUCCAGUUGCCAAUUAUCUAUUUUUAGGUGAUUAUGUGGAUCGGGGAAAGCAAAGCUUAGAAACAAUAUGCCUUCUUCUUGCAUACAAAAUUAAGUAUCCAGAGAACUUUUUCCUUCUGCGUGGAAAUCAUGAAUGUGCUUCAAUAAAUAGGAUAUAUGGAUUUUAUGAUGAAUGUAAGAGGAGGUUUAGUGUGAGACUCUGGAAGAUCUUCAGUGAUUGCUUUAACUGCCUUCCUGUAGCUGCCGUUAUUGAUGACAAGAUCUUAUGCAUGCAUGGUGGCCUUUCCCCUGAUCUCUCCAAGUUGGAUCAAAUUAAGAGUUUACCUCGGCCAUGUGAUGUACCUGAAAGCGGUUUACUGUGUGACUUACUUUGGGCAGAUCCUGGUAGAGAUGUUCAAGGUUGGGGAGAGAAUGACAGAGGGGUCUCUUGGACUUUUGGUGCUGAUAAAGUUUCUGAGUUCUUAUUAAAACAAGAUUUAGAUCUUGUCUGCAGGGCACAUCAGGUUGUGGAGGAUGGCUAUGAAUUCUUUGCCGACAAACAACUUGUGACGAUAUUCUCAGCCCCAAAUUAUUGUGGUGAAUUUGAUAAUGCUGGUGCUAUGAUGAGUGUUGACGAAACUUUGAUGUGCUCUUUCCAAAUUCUCCAGCCUGCUGAAAAAAAACCAAAAUCUCUGUUGCCAACCAGAAUUUAACAACCAAAUAAUAAACUAUGAUCAAGGUUAAAUCGACUGCAUCAAUUGAAGAUAACAAGGCAGCUGAUACUCUUAAUUAUAGUGAAUUUGAGAUGCAGUUAAAGAGUUGUUGUAAUAAGAUGCCAUUGGCUGCAUGGGCGUCUGCUGCAAUCAAACUCCCGGACUUCAUCGUAAAUGUCAAAUUCCAGAAAUUAUUUUUUUGUACUCUGAAACUGUAUUGUAUGUGCACAUAUUUCUUUCCAUAUUUCUCCCAUUUGGAACGAUGAA